ACUGGAAGGGCUACUUGGGCCUACCAAGGCCUAGGUGCCUGCGGAAUUGUCACGAAAGACACAGACCUUGUAACUGGAGUCAGUGCCCAGUACUUUGACAGUUACCCGGGAUACAAGGGCGGGAAUCCGAAUAAUAAUCCGCUCUGCGGACGCUAUAUCAAGGCCACUUAUAAUGGCAAGACGGUCCACGUCAAGGUCACGGAUCGCACUGGUCAGGGCAAGUACGAUCUGAACUUGUCUAAUGCUGCGUGA